AUGUUUCUGCUAGAGAGUCUUAGAAACGUGUAUGUCCUCAUAUACCUGUUAGGCUUUAUCAGUAAUUCUAAUGUAUUGGCAGUAUACGUUCCAUGGUUGGAUAAUGAUCCGUUCAAAGAACUUUACGAGGAAGAUAAUCGGGCUGAGCGUUCGCAGAAGUUACCUCCAGUCCUGCCGCCGAAUAAACUGAAUGACAAGAAUAGGAGCUUGUUUAAAAAGGGAGAAAUCCCGGACUAUGUCAUUGAUGAUUGUCCCCUGGUCCAUCUGUAUAGUGAAGAGAGGUACUGGCCGGCUGAUAUCGCUGAUUUUGUAACCCAUUUCAAAGUGACGGACUCGUAUGGUUCUUCUAUUGUGAAGAAGGAGACCUUGGAACUGAAGGACCUAAAAUCAGAGUAUAGUUAUAAGCUUUCCAAUGGUUCAAUGAGUACAAUACCAAGUUCAGCAACUUUCAUGACAAGCUUAGAUGAUUUUAGCAAGGACCCAAAAUGGCUCCUAGGUUAUUCACCUGAGUAUGGAACGGGACACAUAAGAAAUGGACCAGCGAUUCUUCUCGUUGCUGAUAAGGGGAACGGGUGGGUUGACGCAUUCUGGUUUUAUUUCUAUCCUUUCAAUCUGGGUCCCUAUGUCAUGGGUUAUGGUCCCUGGGGUAACCAUGUCGGCGACUGGGAACACUCCUUGGUGAGAUUUUUCGAUGGUGAGCCAAAGUACCUCUGGAUGAGUGCUCAUGGAGGUGGAAGUGCUUAUAGGUUUGACGCAAUAGAGAAAGUCAAGAAGUUGCGUCGUGAACACGGGAAGUUGACACCAGAUGUCAUUCAUAGGCCUCUGAUCUUUAGUUCAAGGGGAACGCACGCAAAUUACCCUUCAGUCGGCCAACACUCUCACGAUGUACCCUUCUUCUUCAUGCCUCUCAGUGAUUUUACCGACAGAGGCCCAAUGUGGGAUCCAUCACUGAACUUUUAUGCUUACACCUUGGAUGAUCAGGAUGUCACACCAAGAGGUGAACCUGAAGAAGCACUGGGAACCAGUUGGCUCCAUUUCGAAGGCCGUUGGGGCGAUAAACAGCUCCCUUGGGGAGAUCCUAGGCAAAAAUGGUGUCCCGUCCAGUGGAGGUAUAUCGACGGUCCUCAAGGCCCACUUGCUAAGAACCUAGGGCGUGUAUCGCUGUGCCCAACAUUCAAAUGGUGGAAUUUUUGGAAAGGAUGCCCUGCCAGAAGGCUUCUCAAGAAGGGCGAAGGUCUUGACGCAGAGAAGAAUGACCUUGUCGGAGACAAUUGCGGCAUCCUCCUCUAUAAAAUUAGGCCGAAAUGGCUACGAGGUUUCUUUAGACUCUUCAUGUGGCGGGGGUUCAUUUGUUUCUUGAUGGAUUAUUUCACUGGUUAA